AUGCUGGUCUCAGGUCUACAAGCGACGGGAAGGCGGGGGAAUAGGUUCAACCUAAUCGCGCAAGCCGUAGAGAGCAAUCCAGGAGUAGACCCUCCGGAACUGAUUCGAGAUCUCCUCGGGGUCUAUCUUCGUAAAGCACCUGCCGGGCGGACAUCCACGGGAAAGACAAAAAGAGAAAGGGGCGUAGCGCCUACUCUGAUUAAGGAGAAUCCGGUGCCGUGCUUGAGAAACUUUCGAUGUCCGGAGACACUUACUGCACUCCUUCUUAUGUCAAGACAGACAGGCGGUUAUCAGGAUGUAGUCAAGGCCUCUCCUAAGCCAAAUUCAAAGUCAUCUUCCAUCCAGUAA